UGACGGCAACUCUCCUCUCCAGGCACUCGCCCCUAGUACUGUGGUAGUGUGUGCGCAUUCCAAAAGUGAUUUUAAUUAAAAGACCGGUAAUUAAAUAAAUUACCCCAGCUCAAAGGCAACCGAGGCGGCGUGCUGUGAAAUUAAUUAAUUAUUGUUGUUGUGCUUUGCAUUGAUGCGCCACGUGUGAUGUCUGGUUCAGCGUGUUCGCUAAUUCAUAAGUGGAAUUAAUUGACGAACAAGUGAUUUCAUUGCACCUGUAAAAAGUGAAGCGAACCUGGACGGCCGAUAUACGAUGGAACCAUCCAAUUUCGAUGAUCAGAUAUUCAGUGAUUUCGCAGGUCCUUUAAGUCCUCUCGGUCCAAAACCACUUCAGCCCCAAUCCGGACACAGUAUCCAGGUGAUGCUCGGUAUGACCUCGGUUCAACCUCCCUCGUCUGCUACGGAACUGUGUCCACAGCGCCUUCCGGAAGUGCACAGCCUACUUCCCGGGUCACCUAAACUCGACCACUAUAAAACGCUCGACUACGGUUCUGCUCAAAAGGUUGACUAUUCCACAAAGUUGGGUUGCUACUCGCCCAGUCCCAAGUACGAUUAUGUCACACUAAAACUGGAUCAAUACUCUCCUGGCGGCGGUCAUAAAAUCGACUAUGGCAAAGCACCCUUAGACUAUGGUCCAAAUCCUAAUGGUAAAAUCGAUUAUUCACCAACCUCUACGAAAAUGGAUUAUGAUCAUAUGCAAAUGUUCAGUCCGCAACCCCCUACUCAAGUGCAACCUGUUGUUUCGCAAACAACAGGACAACCCCCUCCGUCAGUGCAACCACCAUCGAGUAAUGGUCAAUCACCACAUCAUCAUCCUAUGGAUUCUGCAAGUGCUAUGAAUGGUAUCGGAAAAAAGGGGAAAGGAGAUGACGUUAGUGCAACGGUUUCAACUACUUCAACAGGAUCAAUUGCAUCGGCAAGUGAUAGUUCGACUGGUAAUAAUAAUACGAAGAAAAAUGAUAAGAAGAAAGGUGAUCCGAAUGGGGUGAAAAAAAAGAAAACGAGAACAACAUUCACAGCAUAUCAACUGGAAGAGCUGGAACGUGCAUUCGAACGUGCCCCCUACCCGGACGUAUUCGCCCGUGAGGAGCUUGCCUUGAAGUUGAAUUUAAGUGAGUCCCGUGUACAAGUGUGGUUUCAAAAUCGCCGGGCUAAAUGGCGUAAACGCGAACCACCCCGCAAAACUGGAUACAUUAGCACCAACAGUCCAUCGACAACACUUGGUAAUUCACUGGCGCCACCCUUCUCCACAUUCCAAACAACCACGGCCACACCGCCCGGAAGCGUUGAUACGUGGACCAGCUAUCAACCCUCAUAUGAACUUAGCCCACACUUUAAUAUAUUAUCUCCAGCAACGAGUCCUUACGGAUCAUUUCCUGGCCAAUAUGGGGCAUAUGUGCACGAGAGUCAACUGUUUCCCGUGAGGCAACAUUUCGAUUAUGGUAGUCCACCUCGAGUCGAUAUGGACGACGGUGGGCAUCAUAAAAACGACCAUUAUGGAACUAUGGAUGAUAAAUUCGAUAGUCACCUAUCCGAUAGUGUAUCUCAAACGAACGGCAAGUACAUAGAUGAGCCCAAGUAUCUUCAUAAUGUGAGUAGUCUGGAUGAUGCCGGAAAAUAUGCGACUAGUUGUCAUAUGGAGGAGCAGUCAAUUAAGCAUACACAACAACAAUCGCAGCACAGUCAACAUCAACAUCCAGGCCAACAGCAUCAACAGCAACAACAACAGCAGCACGGACAACAUCAGCAACAAUUUGCCGCUACAUCAAAUAUAACAAUUGGUGGUAGCGGAUGUCAUGCUGAGGACGCUGAUAGUAUGUCGGGUGUAAUUAAAAGCGAGGACAAUGUCACCACUCAUAGCUAUGUGUUGCCUCCUUUUUUGCAUUGAAGGAAAUGCUCUUUCAAAGGAAACAACUACGAAAGCAGCAUCAACAUCCUCAAAUGUACUCGUAUUAUCAACAUCACCAUCAUCAUCACACUCAUCCCUAUCAUCAGCACCACUCUUACAGGUUCUAAGUUCUCCCGAAGGAUGUGUGACGAAGAUAGAGGCACAAUAUUGUAUUAUGUAGUUCCAAGGAUAAUUUGUAAAGAAGAGAACCAUGUACGUAGAUUAUAAGUGUUAGUCUCCGAGAUGUAAUUCGCCAUUUAGAUAGUGCCUGUAUUCGCGCUUCAGGGACUCCUUUUCUCGAAUUAGGUUCCGAGAGCAACUUUUGUAUUUCUAUAGUUCUAAUUUAAACGUAAGGAAGAGAUUUGAAUGCAACUGAUGAAAGGAUAAAUUCUUAUGUAUACCAUAUAUGUCGCGUCACAUGGAUCACAUUCAUAUGACCUCUUCUGUCUUUUGUCACUUAUUAUUAUUUUCUCCCUAUUUCUUUUACAAUUAGAACAUGAUUCAGUUUAAUUUUCAUCAUAUCUAAUGUUGUACCUUCGAAAGCAUGGCAAGGACAUAGCAUUAUAAUCCCAGAAUAUCAAUAGCUUUGAAAAGUCUUUCACGAUAAUGAAUGUCACUAUCCAAUAGUGUCCAUUUGAGUUGAGUUUAUUGUCGACCCUAAAAAGAUACUUACCCUGUCAUCCUCAUUAUGCUCCAGGGCAACCAACCUUAUAGAGACAAGAACUGAUAACUACACGAAUUUUAUAUAUCUACGACGUUUGAUUAACCAAAUUAAUAACAUUUUAUUUAAGUUUGUGUUCAAUAAUGUGAGGGAGUCCUGAAUUCGUCAUCCACUUGUUGGCGGACCAGGCGAGUUGGGAAAAAUUCUCUUUCUCUGUUUCUGACCCACGGAGCCCUCUGUUCCGGGCUAGAACCCAAGUUUUUCUAAAAAUAGAAGGCGGCUUCGUCCAGGGCCGAGGGAACUCAUCAGUUGCUACCUCACCUCUCCCUUGGAGCAGGAAGUAUAUUUUAUUAAAGGAGUAAACUGAUCACACAUUAGAAGCAGAACCAAAUAUCUCUUUUUUACAGAAAGAAAAUGAAAUAUUCCAGAAGAUAAUAAAUAAAAUAAUCAACAAUAAAUUCAAAUUUUAAUUGCAAAAUCCGAGAAAGAAGAAAUUCACAUACGGAAAUUAUCACUCUUUAAAAACCAUUUGCUAUUAAAUUAUUUCAAAUCUAUUGCAUUCAAAUCUAAUAUGUAUAUAGUAUGAACACCAAACAGAGCAACAAAAUCCAAAGUCUUCUUAAAAAUUUAAAUGAAAUAUGAAAUGAUAAUUAUAUGCCUGUAAAUAUUAUACUUUUAACUAAUAGGUAAAUUUACUUUCAAGAUGUAUACAUAAUAAGAUAAUUGAACAUUUUCGAAUAAAAUAUUCUUUUUCUAAAUCUUAGUUUAUAUAUAUUUCUCGCAAAAUUGUUUAGAUACCUAGUAGAAAUAUGUAUAACAAAUUGAAACAUGAAAAAGAUGGUUUAUUUAUGACUUCCGGUUAUUCCUAAAACUUAAAAUUUAGUUGUUUCUUUUUCAUUUAUCAAUCAAUUGGAAUUACAGCAAUCUUAAAUAGUUGAUUAAAGAGGGGCCAAAAAAAGAAAUUAAUUAAUUUAUUAAAUUAAUUACUAAAUAAGCGAAAAAGCAUAGCCGAAUUUCAUAUUUAUAGACCCUUUUAAAAUAUGUUAUAUUUUUAUGUAAACCACUAGAAAAUAUAUAAAUACUCCAAUAAGUGCCAUAUCAAUGAUUAUUAUUUUUGAUAUUUGUAUAUUAAUUAUUGCAUUCAAAUGUGCCUUAAAUUUCCUUUUCGUGAAAAACUUUCAGUAAAAUAUUUGAAAUCUUAAAAUUAAAUCUGAAAUUUUCAAAUUACAAUUAAGUUUUAUAUAAAACAUAAGUUUAGACGCAUUUUUUGUUCAUCUUUCGUACAUAAAAUUAUGCAUAGCAAUAAUAAAACUACUCUUUUGAAUGUGUUUACAUAUAUUUUUGAAUUUCUGUUAAAAGUAUCCGAAAGGAUUUAUAAAAUAAAUAUUUGUAAAUGUUUAUCUAGUUUCAUAAAAAGGUUGAAUAAAUUUACACGAAUGUACGUAGAUUAUAAUGUAAAAAAUCGAGCGCUGACAUUGGUGCAACUGAUAAAAUAAUUUAAAUAAGUUUUUGAGAGUGAUUGUGCCUAUAAAAUAUUUUGUUAUUUAUAUAUUACAUUAUUAAAUUU